UUAGUUCAAUAACAAAAAGUGCGUUUUGUAAUAUACUUAAGUCUUGGUAUUUUAAUAAUUAUAAAAAAAAAAAAAAAAUUAAAAUGAAUAGUUUUAUAUUACUUAUGACUUUUGUUCUUCAAUUACAAUGGAUUAACAGCAACGCUAAUACAACGUCAAAACUUGGAAUAUCACCAUGUAUGUAUUCAGGCAGCUAUGAUGAAGGCGGAUAUACUUGUUCUAGUAGUUUCAUGGCUAUUACUUCAUUACCACCUGAGUGUACUUCUUUUGUUUUUGAUAUAUCACAUUAUGUAAAUUACUUGAAUGAAAGUGGAUCAAGUUUCGAAAUGCUUAGAGUACUUGGUCUUUCUGAAUCCCUUAAGCCAUUGUAUUUAUAUAUUGGUUACGAUGAUCCAGAAUCUUGGAUAAACGCGGCUAAAAAUGCAAAAGAUACUGCAACCAAAGUAUCCGAUUUAAAAAGUUAUUUAUAUGAUGCUAAUAUAACAGGUUUAAUUCUAAAGGAUUUAAAUAGUGAUCCA